AUGUCUAUGACCAAUGGUGUCCUCACGGCACUUCCAGCCCCUGAGGGCUACGUUGUCGACUUCGAGAACCCAAACCAGGUUGGCCACGUCGCUGGGUACUGGGUUACAGGAGUUGGGCUGGCAAUCGCUACAACAUUCUUGUGUAUGAGGCUGUACACGCGUAUAUUCAUCUCACGGAACUUCAGUAUCGAAGAUGUGGCUGUCAUACUGUCAUUUGCUUUCGGCACCGUCACGCAAGGCAUUCUGCUAGAUAACUGGAUCACUAAGACCGCGGGUGUCCAUGCCUGGGAGAUGCCGUUCGAGCGCUAUCAAGACUUCACACUGUUGAUCAUGGUCGCGUCCAUCUGCUACGUCCCAUGCCUUGGGUUUGCAAAGCUAUCGAUCCUGAUCUUAUACCACCGGCUUUCGAAGCUGAAGUGGUUCAAAAUCUGCACAUACAUUGUGAUGUCCAUUGUGGCCAGCUACUCCAUUGGCAUUGUGCUUGCGUUGAUCUUUCCCUGCCAGCCAAUCGCGAUGAACUGGGACCUCAGCAUUACGGAGGGCAAGUGCAUCGACAAAGCGGCUAUUUACCUGGCUACCGCAGCAGUCAAUGUCAUCACGGACUUCAUCAUCCUAGCUCUACCGAUCCCAGUUGUGCUUCGUCUGCAAAUGAAGCGGACCAAGAAGAUAGCCGUGAUUGGGCUCUUCAUGGUUGGAUCCGCCACAUUCAUCACAUCAAUCGUUCGCCUGGUCUAUAUGGUUCCUAUGGUAAAGAACUUCGAUCAAACCAGAGUCGUCUCAGUCCCCUGCGUCUGGAUCAAUGUCGAAGCCAACCUCGCCAUCCUCGCCAUUUCCCUACCCACCCUCCGUACCUUCCUACGCCACUUCUUCCCAUCUAUCUUUGACGAUAGCCAAGCACCCGGCUACAGUGGCGGCUCGGGUCUCAAGAACUACUACAACAAACGUCGCGGCCCAGGUGGCUCUGUGUCCAAGCAUGGCCGCAGUGGUACCUUUGACGGCUCGACUCACGUCGGUACACACAAUCGCAGCAUUGUUGGGCGCUAUGGGCGGAUGGGGUCUGGCUCGAAGACCUAUGAUGACGACGAUGACACGAAGCAGUUCGGCUCUUCUGUGAAUGAGCACCACCUCGAUCAUGAGCUCGAGACGAGGCAUUUGAAGUCGUUGGACGGUGUGUAUGACGGCAACCAGAGCCAUCACGACGCCAUUGCAUAUCCAGGCCGUCUUCAGGCUGCACGACGAUACGAGAGCACAGGUGACUACAACAGCAAUGUUCGUGGUGGAGGUCCGCCAUCUACGGGCGUUCGACGUCACACGAGUCGCGCCAAUGCCGAUGUCGAGUCUGGGGAGACCGAGAUUGCGGAUGACGGCAGUGAUAAAGCUAUCUGGCAGACUAAGACUGUCACUGUCGAGCGGACUCGAUGA